AUGUUACCAACUCUUCAGUCUUUGAUAUUCAAAAUACAAAACUUGCAUUUAAAAUGUUGGAUACAUGAAGAACCUCUUAAGUUAAUUGAAGACAAUGAACACUAUAUUUCCUUUGAAAAUUUGCCGGAGGAAUUAAAAAAACUAUAUGAUCUUAAAUCAUAUACAGUAAUGGCCCAAUGUAUUAUUGAUGAAUGUAUGGCUGUCCUUAACGGUUUUGACAAGAUAAAUAUCAAUGAAAUAGUACAUUCGUUAAAAUAUAUCAACUCGUGGAUACAUUACGAUCAAGUGUCAUUCGUUGCUUCUAUGAUACUUAUAACACUAAAUGAAGGCCAAAGUAUUCGCCAUAAGGCUGGUAUACUUUUAAACUUAUUUAUUAAGAAAGGCUUGUUAUCAAUUGGUUCGGUUUUAUCGGGAAUUGACAAAAUAAUGGAUGACUCAGAAUUGAAAAUAGAACUUCCAAGAUUAUCAGAUUUAUUAUUUGACAUCACUAGUAGGAUUACAUAUCUGACAUAA